AUGUGGGCUAAAGUGCCUUUUCAUCGGGCAAAGUCUGCUACGAUUGAGAAUUCGACGACGAGCACCAGUUCUCUGAAUCAGAGAGACUAUCGGUCUCCAAACCGGUCUUCAAGCGCACUAUCGGGGGAUCAGAGAUACUAUUCAGAGGAUCUACCGAUAUUGCCAAACGAAGAUCCAAAACUCUCCCAUCCCGGAAAACACCCCGAUUCGAAGCCUCGGAGCGCCUCUGCGACGUUUACAAGAUUCGCAGCCGCCGAACCCCCGCGUCAUCGUGCGAGCAGUGCCGCUUCUCAAUUACCCUCGGACCAAACUGACUUCGAUCGCGAUCCGAAUAAUAGUAACCUUGCGUCGCCGGAUAUCUCCCCUCCCGGUACCCCGAACUCUUUGAACCGCAGGUUGGACAGUAGGGGCAGCGCUCAGAUUUCGCCGAUUGAGGAGGAACCGCAGCACGACAGUAUCAAGGCUGAACAAAUGGAAACGAAAUUCGCCGGCCACAUCCCGACUUUGCGCAAGAACGCGCGCAAGGAGAAUUUCGAACCGAAUCCCGAACGAUCUUACAAGUUAUCCAGUCACAGUCGGGAGAACUCCGGCAAGUUCGGCGGUCAUUCGUCCCGCGUCUUGAGUUGGGGCAAGGAACAGCUUCAGCCGAAGAAGAAAUUCGCAGAGGUGCGCAGUCGGAUUGCGAAGCAGAAUGAUGAUGCGUCUCCCUUCAUUGCUAGCGAACCAUGGAGGGGACCCAGUGGACGGGCGCCCAUAAUGGAUCCAAUUUACGAGAAGCCCCGAGCAAAGUCGUCGUCACGUUUGCAUCCUUCCAGAAGCUUUGACCGGCUGAGGGAGUAUGACCAAGCACCUGACUCCACAGCUCGCCUCCAGCCGUCGGUAGUUACCACAAUCACAGCCCAGGACAAACCUGCAGGUUCCCGGAAGCAAUCAACCAGCAGGAGCAGGGCUCCUAGCGCCAGUGCAGGCUCGCAGCCGCCGGUAUCUGAAGGCUACAAGAAUAGCGCUCCGCCACGAGUUGACCUGCCAAUGUCUGAUUUGGACACUUCGCUGGCUGAAUUCAAACUAACUGCUCCUACUCCUACUACUGACACGUUUCCUACCAACGACGAACACCAGCCGGACCAAUCAGAGCUCCCCGUGAGUCGCUCCAGCGCCGCAACGGACACCUCUGCAAGAAUGGGGGAUAGUAGGACCAGUUCUCCAGCCCCAGGCAGCAUAGCGGACAGCAUCGAAAGCGCCUCGCAGCAAUCGACCGACAAUGGUUUAGCAAUCAUGUCCAGGAAACGACCAGUUCCCAGCACAAUGGCUCCGGGAAGGAAGCCAGUUCGGAAGCCUACUCCAAUCCAAGCCGCAGAAGAAGCAGCAGCCAAAGGCCUUUCGCCCGUUCCUCCACAGGAACAGCAACAACCAAAGAAUCGCAUAGAGGCAUUGGAAGAACGGCAGGGUACGCUCGCGCGGCGCAAAACAAACAUUACUACAAUAAUCAGCGAACUGAACCAGGUGUUUCAACCCACCUCGACGGCGUAUGAUAUGGCUGCCCGAGAGGAGGUCAAGAAAACGAUUGCCCAUCUCAACAACGAGCUUGCAGGUAUUGUUAGAGAAGAGCACGAUGUUGGUUUGAAACUUCUCCGGGCUUGGAAAAAACGCGAUGACCAGGAUCUCUACGGCGGCGGGACUGGUCUAUGGGUUAAACGGGUGACCAGCUGA